AUGGCUUCUCUGGCAACCGCUGCUGCUGCGCGCGAUAUCCCAAAGACCUCCUUCGGCCGAGACAACUUAACUGCUGUAGCGGCCGCCAGGAGCGUCCCUGUGACACGAACUCAUCCCCUCCCGACUCCUCCAAACUCCAUAUCCCCUGCGCUCCCCCCUCACGGCCUGAGGGCACAGCUGCAGAAGGCCUCCAAGCUCGAGCCCAUCGACUCAGACCUCGACCUGCACGAUGGUACCGAGUCCGACACGGCCGGCUCGCCGCCCUUCGAGUCCGCCGGCGCCAUCACCCCAGUCCUGCUUUCCAAGUACCACCUCCCGGAGAUCCUGUUGAACCACGGUCCUCUGGCCAUCCGUCACAUCAUGGGUUACUUGACGACGUCGGUGCCCGGCUUCGCCGGUAUCCCACCCCCCAAGGCCCGCAGGUUGGUCGUGGCAGCGCUGGAAGGACGGGGACACGGACACGGAGUUGAGGGCGGAGGCGUAAACGGUGACGUGGAAUUUGAAAAGGUUGGCUGGGGAAGGUGGGAUGCGAAGCGACGUGGUCACGCUACUCGGGGUGCCAUCCCCCGAUCGUCGCCCGACGCUGCCCCCUACCCUACCAGCAUCCCCAUCAUCAAGGGCGGAAGAGGCAUCGACCGGUCCAGGUUGAAUGCCCGCGCCUCUAGCAUCGGCGAUUCGGCGGCCUUCUCUCACGACGAUCGCGACGUGACCAUGAUGGAGCACGAGGCAGAUAAGAUGUCCAUCGACUCCCUCGAUGGUCCAGCCUCGGCCUCUUGCUCCGAAGCUGGUGACGACGACGACAUGAUCAUGAAUGACGACCCCGAAGAUGCGACUGACGACGAAGACUGGGCCGCGGUGGGAGCGGCCGCUCUGCGCGCCGGCUCCUACUCGAGCCCGGCCGAGGCCCGUCAGGGCUUCCUCUCCUCAUCCAAUGUAUAUAGGCCUGGCGGCUUCCACUCCUACUCUGGAACCGGCAUGCUCCGCGAGCCCAGGUUGGACAACAUCGACCUGGCUGCGCUGGCUGCCUCACCCAACACCCAGGAGCGAGAUGCCAUCCAGGCACUUCUGCAACUCGGUUCUGUAUAA